AUGUCUACCAAGGAGAUGGUUCGUACCGCGUACUGUACUGCCAACACCUACAAUCUUCCAUAUUCGGAUUGCUCGCUUUUCUAUCUUCCGAAAGCCAAUCCGGAGCAGUUUGCGCAGUACGCGGUCAAAGCAGGCGAACGGCCCAGAUAUAUCAGGGCAAAUGUCAUCAUCAACGUCCCUUGCUCUGGCGCACAGAGAGAAGUUGACGCCAUCAACCGUUUGAGUUUACCUGAAAUGAGUCGCUUUGUCGGAGACUUCCUCAAUCAGAAGUACCAGCAUCACUCGGUCAAUGACCCAACCGCUUGUCUGGGAGUGCCCAAAGAUUUCGUGCAACGCACGAUAAAACAGACACUUACCAUUCGCAACUGGUCUGAUUCGCAAAAAAGAUGCAUCUCUGGAAUCGAUAACUUUCCAGGGAUGCAUCUAAUUGUGGAAGGAUAUCCCGGUACCGGGAAAACUUCCACGAUUGUGGCAAUGGCGUCCAUCUAUGUCGCCUGUGGAGGACACGUUUUGUUCACAGCGCCAACCCACGACGCCGCCGAUGCCAUUUGCGAGACUAUUGUGAAAUGGAACGCUAUCUCCAAGAACAAGAACAAGAUUGAGUUUGUCCGCGUCUACCGUAUGGUCUCCGAGACGAAGGCUUUUCGCCGUCACGGGAUAGUCUCUGAUGAAGAUGAAGACGACAAACCGGUUGAGGAGAAAGAAUCUUCGGGAGCCAAGUCCUUCGCAAACAUAUUUAGUGCAUCUUUCUCCAACCUUUUCCAGCGUUGCCGACGUGCUUUCGACUUGGCCCUUGAAGAACAAGAGGAUCUCGAAGAAGAUGAACACGAAGGGAGUCUAGAGGAAACACCUGUUCAAUCCCCUGUGCAUCUUGUCGAGAAUGAACACGAAAGACCUGAAGAAGAUGCUCUCCACCGGGCUCUCGAAGCUUUUGACCAGCACGCUGAAGACGGUCAACUUGCCAUCGCAAAGGCUUAUGAAGCUUUCAAUGAGCCUCCCGUGGAGGCCUCCGGUGGCCUCGAAUGGCCAAUCUCCAAUUCGGAGGCCCGCCCGUCUAAGGCCAUUGCACAGUCCAACACUGGCUACCAUCCCGAUGACGACGCUUUUGUCCCCAUGGCAAUCUCAUUGGAAGACCAGCUCGCGAUGAGUGGUUUCCUUAAGGAGAUCAAGAAGGAAAACUCGGCCAAGGGAUAUCGCAUGCCAGACCACAGUCUUGAAGCCAACGUGUUCAGGCUUGCUUUCAAAAAGGGAGAGACUCUGACGGGCCGCUUUCCCACGGAUGACCAGAUAGAAGAUUCGCCAAAAAGGUUCUGGGUAGAUGCUGUCGAAACCGGAGACCUCAUUCCAGAGGGGCCCGAAGUCGAUAUGCUCGAAGUUCUCAGAGAAUACGCACAAAAACUGGAGGAGGGCAAUUCGAGACAGAUCGACCAAGAGCUAGCCUCCCGCGCGCUGCUUGCUUUCAAGCAGGCGUGCAGAAAAGUCAUCCGAGAUAGCCGUGUUGUUGUUUGUACAAACAAUACCUCCGGUGAUCCACUAGUUGCGACGAGCUUUGGCUCAUGUGCGCAGGGAAUCCUCAUCAUCCGCGACGAGGAUCCCAAAGAGCUAGAACCUAAUUGCUGGGUUCCAGUUACGAAGCUCGCAGCAAGCGCCAGGAUCACAGGAAUCAUUGCGGCUGGUGAUCCGAAGCAGCUCACUCCCACUGUCGUAUCAAACCAAGGUCCCGUCGGUUACAACGAGUUCGAACAGCAACUCUGCAUGUCUUUUGUUUGCCGAAUGCUCAAAAUGAACCAUCCCUCGAUAAAACUCACUGAGCAAUUCAGAUAUCGGGAUGUGUUUGUUCCCUGGCUCAACCAUCAAACUUACGAUGGAUUACUGUCCAGUCACACGUCUACUGGGAGCAUCCCAGUUAAUUCGGGAUUCCUCAGCGCAAUGAGAGUGGUUACCGGGCUUCAUAGAUCGGCCACUAGACUUGAUUUCGGAAAUGUGGUCAUCAGCGUUGACAAUGCGGUUUGUGACAUCGAGCCAGGGACCAUGUCUCGGUACAACGAUCAGCACCGUCAAUUCAUCAUACAGCUUCUGGUCGAAAACUCCAAACAGGGCGGCUAUAGGGGCUCUGACGUUACAAUCAUCGCUCCGUACAUGGCACAAGUCGUUCGAAUGCGGCAGGAUCUCUUCCAGGCCUCCCGUGAUGGCCUCCUCCCUGCCUCCCAGCUGCCCAAAGUGGCUACAGUUGAUUCAAUGCAGGGGAAGGAGAACGAGCUCGUAAUCUUUGAUUGUGUCAUCUCGGCCGCCGACUCAUGGAAAGACAUUGGAUUCACUGCCGACCAAAACCGGGGCAAUGUCGCCAUGACGCGCAUGCGCCAAGCCCUGGUUGUCAUCCUGCCAGAGGCGGUUGGAUCCGGUGCCAAAAGCGAGGCUGAAGGCGUUAGGUAUUCCGCAUAUGGAGACCGUAUUGAAAGGAAAGCGCCUUAUCCCUGUGCUCUGAUGCAGUUCGCGGCGAAAAGGAGUAUUGUGCUACGCGCCAGUUGUCCCCAAACCAGCGAGACGACCAGCAGAGCCGAUUUGGCCGCUGGCCCCAUGGAUAGCCAGGAGAACAACGAUGAGGGUGCCGGUGGUGGUUCUUGGUCCGCUGGUCCUACCGACAGCCAGGAGAAUGGUGAUGAGGUUACCGGUGGUGGUUCUUGGUCCGCUGGUCCUACCGACAACCAGGAGAAUGGCGAUGAGGGUACCGGUGGUGGUUCUUGGUCCGCUGGUCCUACUGACAGCCAGGAGAACAACGAUGAGGGUACCGGUGGUGGUUCUUGGUCCGCUGGUCCUGCCGACAACCAGGAGAAUGGUGAUGAGGGUACCGGUGGUGGUUCUUGGUCCGCUGGUCCUACCGACAGUGAAUGGUGAAGAAUAACGCUGACGGUGGUUACUGGUUUGCUGCUCCCAAUAAUAGUCAAGAGUUCAACUACAACGGCAAUGACGAGAGCGAUGGAAAAGCUGUUGUUUUCAGGUGGUAGUCAGACAGUGUGCCUUUUCCCUCGAGAUUCAAUUUCGCGGUCAAUUUAAAUGUGCUUAGAGAAGUUCAAAUCAAUGCAGUCCAUCAACCUGGAUAUAAUGAUACAGCUUCAUUCAAAGCCCACAUAUCUGUCUUCAGGAGGACUUAUGCUAAUCGAAGUAAAACUUUGGUAGAGCCCUUUCUUAACUAGUCGUAGGGUCCUGUUCUAAUUCCUCAAUUGAGCAUUCGCUCCGCUCCAGUAUAGGUGGAACAUGCGUUACUCUCAAUGACCUAGCGCUAAACGUACAACUACUGAUACAAUCUCAGUUGUUAUCCCCCUUGAUCGUGAAGAUAUGUUCCAAGUGAAGUAUUGCCAUCGACCCGAGAGACGUUGGAAAGGCGUUUUGAAGCAUGAUGUUUGGCUCCUGCUUGUAACGCCGAGAGAGCUAUAUGCGCCAGGAUAUUGGAAGGAUACGCAUGGUAGACGGCUUUUGAUGUACUAUUCCAGUACAUCUGGUAGGAUUAUUUGACUAUUGACACGCGAUUAAGGGAGAAGAAACAGUAUCAACAAAGGAAGGCGACGAUCGACUAUUGUUGGACCACCGUGCCGGGCCCUUUUCAACUUCAUUCUGAGCGGCUGCACCAUAUUUGACCAGGCAGUUGAUGCGCUUCAACGCGACAAUGGUAGUCGUGGGCAACCAAGUUCCUCGCUUCAGGUGGUUGUACAGGACCGUCAAGCCGCACGCGCUUCAAUCUAGGUAAGGACGGUUGGUUUGGAUGCUGGCAGAAUGAAGAACAAAAAGGCUGGCGGCAUGCGGAACGGGGACGCUGUCGGGAAUCAGGGCGAGAAGGCUGGCGAGAUAUAGAACGAGCUCGAUGCGCUUGAGGAGCCGUAGGCUUGGGGGUGGGAGGCGUUGGGGGCGUUAUUGGUGCCUCUGCGCCAUUUAAAGCUCCAUUCUCUUUAUGAUUGAAUGACCCCAUCGUUUAGCUCCAUUUUUCUAUUUGCUAAAUCCCGCGCUGUGCGGCCGCUCGCACGUGGUCGCCUGGUAUCUUGUCUCCUUAUAUAUCGCGGGGUGUGGUUUCGCCAGAGGUCGUAUGUAUGGCACGUUGACACAUUUCGAGGCACCUCCGAUCCAGAGGCCCGUGGCAUAGCCGGGGGUAUCCUCUGUCACAGGACCUGGGUCUGGGAAGCGCACCGUCUUGUGUAGGUGGCGGGGAGUCUUGCAAGCUCGGGCAUGAACCAGGUGAGUCUUCUAAGCUUGAAUGUAAGAGCUAUGCGCAGCAUUUGAGGCAGAGCUUUUGCACAUCCUUCUCGAGCGCUUCAAAUCUCCAUAAUGAUUGUUCGGCAAGUGUAGCAGCAACGCGCAAGUGUGUAACUCAGUUUUGGAGAGUUGUAUGAUGAGCCAACUGCUACACGAGCAAGUUCAUCCCGCCAUUUCUCGGAUGAUGCGCAAGUAAUCUCUGUAGGACAGUGGAUAGUGUUCCAAUAAUGAUGUUCUUCCAGUGGUGUGAAUUUAGUCGAGUCAGGGGUAGUUCGAAUUGUUCAAGGGUGCGGGUGUGGGUGAUGAUAACGAGGGGAGCGGUGGGGAAAGGCUAUUUGGCGGUGCGAUCGCGGAAAUUGCAGUCGGGGUUGACACUGUGCUAUUGAUCGUCGUUACGUUGACUUGGUGGUUCAUGCUGAGGAGGAACAAGAAGGCUGCUGGGGCAGGACAUGAGCGCACGCCGACCAUUGUCG